GCGCCGCGGGGCAGCGGCAGCAUGGAGGAGGCGGCGGCGGGCGAUCAAAGCAACCUGUCCGGCGUGCAGCACGUCAUGCUGGUGCUCUCCGGGAAGGGCGGCGUUGGGAAGAGCACCAUCACCACCGAGCUGGCCCUGUCGCUGCGGCACGCCGGCAAGAAGGUGGGGAUCCUGGACGUGGACCUGUGCGGCCCCAGCAUACCGCGCAUGUUCAAGGUGCAGGACAGCGACGUGCACCAGUGCGACAGCGGCUGGGUGCCGGUUUUCGUGGACCAGGAGAGGAGCAUCUCGCUCAUGUCCAUCGGCUUCCUGCUGGAGAAGCCGGACGACGCUGUGGUGUGGAGAGGACCCAAGAAAAACGCUCUGAUAAAACAGUUCGUUGCCGACGUGGCCUGGGGGGAACUGGACUUCCUCAUUGUGGACACGCCGCCGGGCACCUCUGACGAGCACAUCUCCACGGUGGAGGCCCUGCGGCCCUACAAGCCUCUUGGAGCAAUCCUAGUCACAACGCCCCAGGCGGUGGCCGUGGGAGACGUGAGGCGAGAGCUGACCUUCUGUAAGAAGAUGGGCCUGCGAGUUCUGGGCAUCGUGGAGAACAUGAGCGGCUUCGUCUGCCCGCACUGCUCGGAGUGCACAAACAUCUUUUCCAAAGGGGGAGGCGAGGAGCUGGCCAAGUACGCUGGAGUCCCCUUUCUAGGCUCCGUUCCCCUGGACCCCCAGCUUGGCCAGAGCUUGGAGGAAGGCAGAGACUUCAUCCGGGAGUUUCCCCAGAGCUCUGCCUUCCCCGCCUUGGCUCACAUCGCCCAGCAGGUCUUGGACAGCGCAUCGCAGCGGAGCUCCUGAGGAGGGUUUGGGGCUGGGCUCUCACCUUGCCAUCGGCCGCCCUUGCUGGCGGGGAAGAGAAGAGGAUGCAGGAGCUGUUUAAUUAACCAUGAGGCUGUUUCAGGGGAGAUGACGGAGGGAGGGGGGAUCACAGCAUCGGUGCCGCUUACGGCAACCCAAAAAGGGACGUGAUCCUCCGCCUCCCCGCGUCCGAAGAGACUCAGCGUGGGUGUUUGUGCUCACGCAGGGGGUGCACAGCCUGGUUCUUGCCUUCUCCAUGUGGCAGCGCUCUGCCCACCCGGUACAGCUGCUCCUCCCCUGCUCACAUGCCGCCUUCCUCUGCAACCAGCUGUUGUCCAGGUACUUGUGGGGCCGUGGCCUCUUCCCACAGCAUCUCACACGCUGCAGUGCUGCUGACGGUGACUGAACAUCCCAGCUGGGAUGGCUGCUCCCUUGCCGAGCCCGAAUGGCACAAAUAAUCUGCGUUGUAGCUCCGCGUGCUGCUGCCUUCCGCUUUCCUUGCGUGACACGCCAUGGUACUUGGCUCAGUGGCUGGCCGUUUGGUGUUGGACGCUCUGAUGUGGGCCCCAGCCCAGGCAGCCUGCUCUGAAAUCUCCCGUUGUUGGUACGUGAAAUGCCUCUGAGGGCACGGGAUGUGCUUCUCGUGAGGCGUCCUUAGGAGAUCUAGAACCCUUUUGAAGCCUGCAUCCUACCGUACUGGAAACAAUGUCUUUUUUGGGGGGUUAUCGUGACUCAGGAAUAUUUUUUAAAGUUCCAGACAGUAAACAGUUUCCUUAAAAUUCAA